AUGAAGAUAAGAAAAGGGAAAAUCAAAACGAAUGAGAAGGACUACAAUUAUGGCGGAGAAUUCGAAAGCUACGUAUACUCCAAAGAAGUAAGCAGUGAUGUGAAAAGCUCCUUAAUCGAAGGAGAAAAACUCUCCAACAAAUUUCGAAACAGAGGAUUGACCAGGGACAAAAGGGCAACUGUGAAUACCGUACUAGAUAAUAGAACGCUGCUUAUUUUAAAAAAACUCAAAGAUAAUUUUCUAAACGAGAUAUAUGGAGUGGUCAGUUCGGGGAAGGAGGCCUACGUCUUCAAUUCGCAUAAGUACCUGAGUAGGGAGGAGCUCAGGGCAGUCAAGGAGUUGCUGCUCAGGCGGAGACAUAGGCGCCGCGACGAUCAUCAUAGUGACGAUGAGCAUAGCGACGAUGAACAUAGCUGUGAUCAACGUAGUGACGGUCAACGUAGUGACGAUGAUCAUAAUAGCCAUGACCAGCAUAGUGACGAUGAAGAUUGUGACGGUCAAUGCAGCGCCGGUCAACGUAGUAAACAUGAACAUAGUGACAAUGAACAGGACGCAGGUCUCCCUGACGGGGGAGACGCGCCCAGGUGCGUUCGCUUCGCGCACGAGAGCCUGUACAAGGUGUACCACCUGAGCAGGCACUUGGAUGAAGUGGGGGCAGAAAAAAGGGAAGAAAGGGAAGAAUCGCAGGGGGAGAAGGAUGAGGAAGAAGAUGAAACGGAGGAAGAAAACGCAGCGGAAGAGGAAGGCAGUCCGAACCUGCGGGGCGUACUGGACGAAACCUACGACAUAAUUGACAAAAUGAGCGAAAUGGUCGCCGAGGGGGAUGAGCAUACAUGGGAUCCUUUGCAAAACAAGCAGGUAGCCAUAUCUUUUGCGACGAAGGUUUACAACACAUCCGUGCUGGUGUUUAAGAAGAGGUCACAAUACAUUGAAGGAGAAUUUCGAUUCAGAAAUGCCUACACCAAAAAUACCAACCCAAGGAAAAUGGUGAAGCAGUGGGCAGAAAAAGAGUUCCGAAAUUUAAGGCGAAUAUUAAUAUGUGGAUUGAGAUGUCCCUAUCCUUUGGUCUUAAAAAGUAACGUCAUUGUGAUGAGUAUGUUAGGUAGCCUAGACACUGCUUGCCCCAAAAUGAAGGACCUAAUUUUGAGCCCCUUAAAAUGGAAAGAGCUAUACAUUGAAUGUAUAUGCAUUUUGAGACAACUUUUUUGCAGCUGUAAACUUGUUCAUGCAGAUUUUUCAGAAUAUAAUUUGCUUUACUUUUAUAACCAUAUUUACAUCAUCGAUGUGUCGCAGUCUAUGGAGCACGAUCACCCCUACUCUCUGGAGUUUCUAAAGAGAGAUUGCGUAAACAUUACCAAUUUUUUUAAGAAGAAAAUUGGCACCCUUCAAAAUGAUAUGCAGGAGAGCGUUGAUCAGCUGAACGAGAUGCUGCACGGAGCCAAGAUUGACCAGGAGGUCGCGUUAAAGAAUCGUUGCGGGGUGAGCGAGGACGCUGCGGGCAUCACGAAUGGCACGAAUUGUACCAACUGUGAGGAGAAUGGCCUCCCGAUAGACAAGAGCAAUAACGAAAAGCACAACAAGUCGAGCGAAUCCUUCUACAGCCACGUGCAGAUUCUCCCGCUCAAAAAGCUCUUCGAUUACAUCGUUUCGUCUAGCCUACCCCAAGAAGUUACCUACUUCCUAGAAAGAGACAAAAAGGAAAUACACAUGGACCCGUCCGAAAUAACAUACCUUCAAAUUUUUGGCCUAAUAAAAAACACCACUCCCAUACCUAAGCUCAAUUUAAGGAAUAUAAAAAAAAACAGAACAUACUUUGAAAAACUAAAAAGAGCCACAGGUUAUUAUGUAACCAAAUUUUUUGCAAAGAAUCAGUCCCACAUAAAAAAACAUGCCGAUAAAAGCCAAGUAGAAGAACAGAUUUUCCUAAGUUCAUGGAUCCCAUCACAUUUGAACGAAAUAAAAGAUAUUAAAACAAUUGAAAAGGAUCUGAAGCUUUUGAAAAAAGGAAAAUCUAUGGUCAGCAAUUUUAUUUCGAAUAAUUAUCACACAGAGCGUUCUAAGCAUGCCCCAAAAAAUAACACCUUCGUGGAGCAUAACAGUUUAGAAGGAGAGAAUCCUUCUGAUGCAGCCACCGGAGCAAAGAACCGCAGAACAAACGGUGAUUGCACAGUACAUGCGCAAAAGGAAGAAAUGACUGGAAAUUUUACCAGCACGUGUGCACAAAGGGAAAAUUCAAACGAUGAAGACAACGGGGGAGACCCUUAUGAACAGGGUAAGGAAACCCAUAAAAAUGGUGAACACGAAGUGUUGGAUGAGAUAAGCGACAAAAGGUCUCCCAAGUCGCUUGAAACAGUGGCAUCUUCGAAGAAUGUACUCGAUGCACACAAAUCAGACGCAAGCAAUGACGAAAACAAUUUUGUGAACAGCGAACAGGAGGAGGAAGUCAAAUUUAAGGGAAUAAUUCCCGAGGGGGUAACGAGAAAGGAGUGGAGCAAAUUAGUGAAAGAACAAAACAGAGAGAAAAGAAAGCACAAAAUUCCAAAGUACCAGAAAAAGAAGAAGAAAAAAAAAGCGCACUUGAAAAAAAAAUGA